AUGAAGCUUGUUUUCACCUUCUUCCUCUUGGCUGCCAGCCAGCUCAAGUUCUCGCUUGCCGAGGAACCGACCGGAAUUGACUACGAGAACAUCAUUCGUACCGCUGAAAAACGUUUCAAGGUCGUUAUGCGAAUGAUGAAGGACGGUAAAUUCAAGGAACAUUUAGUCACCUUCGCGAAGGAAGAGUUUAAGAAGCAUUGCGAGAAAGGACCGAUGGGUGUUCCACCUCCAGGUCCCCAACCCAACGUGGAGGUGGCGGAAGGCCGCGCUCCCACGGCAGAGGCCUUUGCUGAGUUAUUGGAGAAAGUAGGUACCGGGUUGCACGAAGUAUUCACUGGUCUGUACGGUGCAAACUACAUGACACUGGCCUUCCCCGCAGAGGAAAAGCGUCUAACAGAAGGGUCAGAGGCAAGCAAUGAGACCGAAUUAACCAACGAAGUCCAUUUUCUCAAUAUGAGAUUUGCACUUCCACAACUAUAUAGUGAUGUAUUCUGCCUGUACAACAUCGUCAACCCUGAGGGGAAAAAUACCACGUUAACGGUGAAUGCUCCAGCACUUCAAGCGAUCAAGGAGUGGGCAAGAAACAAUACUCCGAACAUAAAGCUGCUGGAUAAUAUUAAUCAGGAAACAUUUGAGAAAGGUUUGAAAGCCUUGUUUGGCGAUAGCAACCCACCUUUCCAUAAACUCAAAGUCCACAUUGAAGUCUUCAAUGGAGACUUGUCUCAAGAGACCAAAGACGCAAUUGAGAAAUGCAGAAAACUAAAUUCGGCUUUGUUCGGCUCCGUCGCAAUUCUUUUCGCCUCGAUGCUCACCUUCACGGCCUUCUAG